UCCCUCCCUCUCCCAGGAUGAAGGAAAGUGGCCCCUGGCCUCCACAGCUGAGCACAUGAGGGCUGUUUUUAGCCUCUUGCUUCCUAUCCUCCUGGCAGAGGUGUGUCUGGUGACCAGUUUGAACUUCAGCUCCCAUUCACCAGAGGCCCAGGCAGAGUUGGAGUCUUGGGAUCCCCAGAACCAGACUUGGGAGGAGGAGUCAUGGACUGUCCCCAGCGAUGAAGAGAAAGAAGAAUACUGGCUGAAGACCAGCCAGCAGCAGCUCUCCAAUGAGACUUCAAACUUUGGGUUCAGCCUGCUUCGGAAGAUCUCCAUGAGGCACGACGGCAAUGUGAUCUUUUCACCGUUUGGUCUGUCUGUGGCCAUGGUGAGCCUGACGCUGGGAGCCAAGGGAGAGACCAAAGUCCAGGUGGAGAAUGGACUCCACCUGCAGGCCCUGAGCCAGGCAGGACCCCUGAUCCUCCCAUCCCUCUUCAAAAGGCUCAGAGAGACCCUCUCCAGCAAUCAAGAACUGGACCUUGCCCAGGGUAGCUUUGCCUUCAUCCACAAGGACUUUGAUAUCAAAGAGACCUACCUCAAUCUAUCCAAGAAGUAUUUCAAUACAGAGUGUGUGCCUACAAAUUUUCAAAAUUCCUCACAGGCCAGAGGGCUCAUGAACCACUACAUCAACAAAGAGACUCGGGGGAAAAUUCCCAAGCUCUUUGAUGAGAUUAAUCCUGAAACAAAGUUGAUUCUGGUGCACUACAUCUUCUUCAAAGGGAAGUGGCUGACUCCAUUUGACCCCGCCUUCACUGAGACUGACACUUUCCACCUGGACAAAUACAAGGCAGUUAAGGUGCCCAUGAUGUACCAGGAAGGCAACUUUGCCUCCACAUUUGAUAAGAAGUUCCGCUGUCACAUCCUCAAACUGCCCUACCAAGGAAAUGCCACCAUGCUAGUGGUCCUCAUGGAGAAAACAGGUGACCACUUGGCCCUGGAGGACUACCUGACCACAGAUCUUGUGGAGACAUGGCUCCAGAAUAUGAAAACCAGGAAGAUGGAGGUUUUCUUUCCCAAGUUCAAGCUGGACCAGAGGUAUGAGAUGCACAAGCUGCUCCAGCAGAUGGGAAUCAGGAGAGUCUUCUCCACCUCAGCUGACCUCAGCGAACUCUCAGCCUUGGCAAGAAAUCUGCAGGUGUCCAAGGUCUUACAGCAAUCAGUCCUUGAGGUGGAUGAAAGCGGAACUGAAGCAGUGGCCGGGACAAUGUCAGAGAUUGUUGCUUACUCCAUGCCUCCUGUCAUCAAAGUGAACCGACCUUUUCAUUUCAUGAUCUAUGAGGAGACGUCCAGGAUGCUUCUGUUUCUGGGCAGGGUGGUGAACCCCACUGUCCUAUGACUCUGGCAUGUGAAAGCCUCAGUCACAACAGCUGCUUAGCCAGAGGUGUCUGAAUCAUAGGAUGUUGGUGGUGAAUGGAUGUGUCCUCUGCAUUUAGCCAGUGGCUGUUCUCUGAUCAACACAGAAAUUAAAACGAUGUCUGUGCAAUCUGUCCAGCAUUUUAAACUUGCUCCUGAGAUCCUUUGCUGACUGACUGAAGACUAAGUGAGAAGAAUCCUUCUCUGCUGCUCUCCUGCCUGGACUUUGAGAGCAGUAGGUAGGACAGCCAUUGUGACACAAAGUAUCUGGGAAAUACAUGGACAUUCUCCUACAGGCAUGCUUCUCACUCUCAAUUUCUCUCUCGUGCAAAAUCGGGGUUUUAUUUGAGUUUAUCUCACAAUUUCUCUCUGUGUAUCUCUCUCUCCUUCGUUUCUGUCUCUCUCCUUCUCUUUCCCUCUCAUUCCCCUCCCCAACCCACCCAUCUCCCACUCUCUGACAUAGCUAUGGCUGGCCUGGAACUCUAUGUAGACCAAGCUGGUCUUGAACUUGAAAAAAAUCCACCUGCCUCUGCCUCCUGAGUGCUAGGAUUAAAAGUGUGUGCUACCACACUCAGCAUUUUUUAUGUGUUGUAAUAUGUUUUAAUUAAUAACAGAAUUCUUUUUAUUAAAAUUAGCAGCAAAUUCUCAUACUCUAAUCACAAUGUCUGGCUCAAUAACAGCCACGCAUCUCCAUGACACCACAGCCACCACAGAUCACACAGUUCAGUACUUUCAUUCUACAAGGAAAACAAACGGGCCAGAACCAGGCCACAUCCUGACUUUCACGAGUGACAGGCACCUUUUCCUCUGUGCAUUCCUUUCUUCACUAGAGUUUACAAGUAUACAUAUAAAUACAUGCACUAACAAUGACCUUUUAUGAUUGCUUUGGUAUAACGAUGAAUACAGUCUCAAUUAUAUUCACCGUUUGCCAACAAAAAGUAUAUGUCUUGCUCAUUGCUGAUUAAGGAAACACCUUUGAGAGUUUUUAUCAUAGCAGGGGCAUGACUAUAGUGCCCGCUGCACAUGAUGAGUGUAUAUCAAACCUUAUAUCUCAGUGGGAGGGAGCAAUUGCCCAAGGCCAUUCAGUGUAACCAUAGUAAGCCAAUUCUUCCUUCCUAUUCUAGUCUCAAAUCCUUGUUACAUCACCUUCCCUCUCUAGUCUCUCAGAGACUGCUGAAUAGUAGUCUGCCUUUGCCUUGGUUAGCCACCGCAGUUAAACAAAAAGAAGCAUGGACUUCGUCCCAAUAUGAAAGGAAAAUGAAAAUACCUCUAAAGCAUUCUUGGGCAGUCAUUUUCUAUCUUAUAGAAUAGAAAUGAAAUAAGGCAGUCCUUUGGGAAUAAAUCAGAGAUUCCUGAA